CCAAACUGCUUUUCUCCAGUUACCAGUUUUAAGUGAAGCGUUGACGGCUACAGGGUAACCUAUGUCCAUUUUCAUCUUGAAGAAGAUUCUCAGAGUUGUGCGAUAAUGCUGAAGCUAGGGGUUGUAUUGGUCUUGACUGUCGUCUUGGAGUUUUCCCAGGCUGUUCCCAUUCUGGAGGAAACGACUUUUGUAACGGAUUGUCUCACCGCUAAUAACAUAAGCCAAGCCGAGUUCCAGGAACUCAUUGAGCAGAGAAGGUCCGAGGAGGAGGACGACGACGAGGAGGAUCUGGACAACGUAGAUACAAGAUACAAGUGCUUCAUCUAUUGCUUGGGCGAAAAAGGCAACAUCCUAGACUCCAAUGGCUAUCUUGAUGUGGACUCGCUGGAUAAAAUUGAGCCGCUGAACGAGCAGAUUCGGGAUGUUCUUUAUUAUUGUAAGGAGCUCCAUGACCAGGAGGAGGACAGAUGCGAGUACUCCUUCCAGAUGGUUCGCUGUCUGUCGGAAAAUAUCAAACAGAACGAUGAAGUAACAGACCAGAACCUAAACGUGUCGACAAACAAACUAAAUGAAUAAUCAAGCAAAAACUGGUUUAUCAACUCGAACUAAAUUAUAAAUAAGUGUGAAAACAGCA